AUGUCGUGUAUAGGCAGCUUCACUACAUUUGCCUAUCCAGCUACGUUUGUGUAUAUGCUGAUACCAGACAUCACAGCCACUGUGUAUAGCAUUCUUCUCGCCUUUGAUUCAAGCCCAAGAUACAAGGCCUGGUUGCCAUCCAAGACGAUGCGGAGCACUAUUAUUUCCUUUACAGCAGCUGUACUUCUAGCCGCAUUGCUGCCUGUGUUGCCGGGAGCAGAUGUCAUGGCGGAUGGAUCUGCACUGGAUUGCUUGUGGACAAACUAUAUGCAAUGGAAGGUCAUUUACAAUGAUCCUGUGGCUUUUCCUUGGGUAACAGGCAUGGAUAAGGGCUGUACAAUGUUCAAAGCUGCUGAUGCCUUUUGUUGGAUUUUGGCGAUUGGUUGGAUUGCUCAGUCUAUAUUAUACAUGCGCGCUGCUCGUCAAGCUAAAUCGUUUGCCAAGGAGUAA